CCUUAAGAGUGAAACGCUGCGUUCGGAGUGUUUCUCUCCCUCACACUCUCUCUCAAUUUCUCUCGAACAUUCUUCUGCUCUCGGGAAAGCUCAGAGGAGGCGCGAUAACCACCACCAUGGUUGUGGCGGCCGGAGCUUCUUCUCGGGCUGAGGUGCUCACGAUGUUCCGCUCUUUCCUUCGAGUGGCUCGUAAGUUCUCCGACUACAACAUCAGGGAGUACACGAAACGCCGAGCCGUCGACGGUUUUCGUCUGAAUCGGAACCUUUCGGACCCGUCUGCCAUCUCCUCCGCCUUCUCAGACGGGAAGGCUCAGCUGGAGGUCGCCAAUCGGCAGGCUCUCGUUUACUCUCUCUACGCUCCGAAGCUCAAGAGCGUCAUGGAGGUUCAGAACCCAAUCAAGUACUGAAAUUGAUUCGUUUCCAGUGAACGAGAAGAAAACUCGAAAAAUCAUCUACUCAUGUGGUGAAACUUGCUCCAAAUUCAAAAUAUUCAAUUUGUAAGAUUUUUGCUUUCGGAAAUGAAGGGUGUCCUCUAAUUUAGGAUGCAGGAGGGGAUUGGAAUUGAACGGUAUAUCGUUAUGGAGGCAGAGCCUUCCGGUGAAUGCGGAGCUAAGGUAGUGGACUCGUUUGUGGGAUUGGAAGGCGAAGGCUAGGACAUUGCGUUGUAGAGGACGUCGAAGCUUUGGUGGUGUUGGAUGAUGGCAAAGAGGGUGGAGAUUGACUCGUCACAGUUAGUACGAGGUGGGAUUGUAGAGCCGACAUUGGUCAUUGGGUAUGGAUUUUACUUCCGAAGAUGAUGCUAGGUCAUUGGACGUAGGAUUCGGUUAUAUCUAGAGAGUUUUGUUGUUCAAGAGAAGGGUUUCGCUGGGAGAGAUGCAAAGAGAGAUUCGGGGGAUGAUGCAAAGAGGAGCGUGCUAGGGCAAUCACUACGAAGGUUGCAAGGCACUGAUGACCGAGGAAGCGCGACAAUGGGAGAGGGUAAGUGGCGAAACUAGAGAAGAACCAGAAGCAUGAGCCGAUGACUCUUGCUAUGCGGCAUUUUCUUAGGUCGAAUAAGCAGUAUUUUGAUCCCAACAAAAGUUGUAGCAACUCUUUCAGUUCUCCUGGAUUGUCUUUGGAUGCUUCCGCAGAUGUCUGGGCUGAUCGUAGCAGUUUUGGACAGACGGAAUUUGCUGUGCAGAGUGAUGUCAAUUAUAUUGGAAGAGACUGGUUGAGCACAUUCGGCAUUGAAGCCCAAAGUUUGCUUGUUUUUUUCCAAGGUCAUGCAAGCCAGUGGUCCUGCACUUUAUUAUGCAAUAUAGCUUGACGAAGAAGAGAUGCUGAGUAGCGGCUUUGUGGUUGACACAAGAUCAAGAAUUGCUUGCAACUGUUUCUCCGAUGUUGUGGCCUUCGAUACUACUCAUCAAGUGAACCAGUAUAAAAUGCCGCAGUUGCAGAUUUUGAAGAACUUGGCUUUCUGUAUUCCUUUUUAGCCCGUGAAAUAAGUCUCGGUAAUCUGCAUUAAUUUUCUCGUUCAUUUUCUCUAACAUGAACGUUGCAUUAUGUUAGUCUU